AAAAUUUCUUGAAUAUAUGUGAGAUCCUUUUUUUUUUUUUUUAACUCUGAGAAUUCAUUGCAGUACGAAACAUAGUAUCAUCCAAACCAAAAACAGAGACACAGCAAAAUAAAACUCUAAAAACAGAGACAUAAAACAGAGCCUAAAACUCAUCCAUGUCACAACCAUCUCCCUUCCUCAAAAUACUGCAUCUUCUUCACUCCAUAUCCAAGAAGACAAAGACCAUCCUUAAACCAAUCUCCUUUCCACUUACAUAUCCAUCAAAAACAUCAAGGAUACUCCACUUAUCUUCGUUACAAGCUCACCCUCUCUUCAUCAAAGACCUUUUUCAGCCAUUCCGGUUCUCCUUGAGCCACAUAGGAUUGUAUACGCUUCUCAGUUGUGACACUCCUUUUUUUUUUUUGAGAAAACAGUUGUGACACUCCUUGCACUCCUUGCUAUCAUGAAAGCACAUUUAUUUUCCCCUCUUGCUAUAGACUUCACCUCCCACUCACUCAACCUGCGUAGAACAGCAAGGAUCUCGACACCAAAGCCCCUAAAGGCUGGCCAGGCUCUUGGUCUCGUUAUCACCUGUCUUUAUAAUUGCUGAACUGGUGACAAAGAAGAAGCAAUAUGGCACUUACUUGGACUCAUAAAGACAGAGGUGAAAUUAGGGUUCAUGAGAAUUUGGAGGAACUAAGCAUAGACUUGGUAGAUUAUAUAGCUGAGAUAUCAGAAGCCUCAAUUAAAGAACAUGGUGUUUUCUGCAUUGUGUUAUCAGGAGGUUCUCUCAUCAACUUGAUGGGAAAGUUGGUCGAGCCUCCUUACAACAAGAUUGUGGAUUGGGCUAAAUGGUAUGUUUUUUGGGCGGAUGAGCGCGUGGUAGGUAAGAACCAUGACGAUAGCAACUACAAGCUCGCCAAGGAUACUCUCCUCUCUAAGGUAAAUGUGUUUCCGAGACAUAUAUGUUCUAUUAACGAUACGGUCUCGGCUGAGGACGCUGCAACAGAGUAUGAGUUCGCUAUCAGGCAGAUGGUAAAAACACGAACCGUGAUUGCGUCUGAGAAUAGCGACUGUCCAAGGUUUGAUCUCAUUUUGCUUGGGAUGGGCUCUGAUGGACAUGUAGCCUCCCUCUUCCCGAACCACCCAGCACUUGAGGUGAAGGACGAUUGGGUUACAUUCCUAACUGACUCACCUAAACCGCCACCAGAGAGAAUCACAUUUACUUUGCCAGUCAUUAACUCAGCUGCUAGUGUUGUUGUGGUUGCAACCGGCGAAUCCAAAGCCAAUGCUGUUCACUUAGCGAUAGAUGAUUUGACCUCACUAGAAACCUCUCCUUCCCUGCCUGCUAGGCUGGUCCAGCCAAGCAGUGGGAAUCUGAUCUGGUUUAUGGAUAAACCAGCAGGAUCUAAACUCGACGGGUUUAAAUUCUCUGAGUAGAAUUUAGAUUAUCUUCUUUGUUCCAAAAAGCAAAUGGUUCUUAAUAUCAUUGAUGACCCAUUUUGUAUGAAGAGCAUCCGGUUUAAAAACAUUGAUUUUUGUUUUAAUU